AUGGCGGACAACGUCACGGCCGACACCACCAAAGAUGAGGCUGACUCCAAGGAAUCCACAGCGGCCCAGCCCAUCACCGACCCAACAGCGAAAGACCCAAAUCCCGCAGAGAAAGCCAAGACACCCGUGUGCAAGAAACACGGCGCCAAACCCGACAAACGAACCAAAAAGAAAAAGAAAGCCCCCGAGACCAGCAACAGCUCCUCGGACUCAACCUCAACUUCCUCAUCGGACUCCUCCUCAGAGACCUCAGCCUCUGAAUGCACCAGUAGCGAUGAACUGGAUCGCCGUAAGCGACACCGCCAGCGCACUCGCGCACGGGCGAGACGCGCGAUGAAGAACCGGCAUAAAACAAAGAAGCGGUCGCCCAGGUCGGAUUCUGAUUCGGACGCCUCCUCGCCCUCCGACUCCGAAGAUGCGGGCGGUUCGGACGCGCAUAUGUUCUCGUCUACGGAUGAGAAGGCCUUGCGCAAGCUGAUGGCCCAGUUCCAGCGCAACACCCUUCGUUUCAAGGGUCACGCCAAGCGGCUCAACCAGCAGGCCUCAGAUGACUUGAAUAUUUCCGACCCGCUGGGCGACGUGCGGCAGAAGCGGAAGAAGAAAAGGCCGGCUUCGAAGGUGGCUUUCAAGCGGGUUGACCAGCUUUGGGACAAUACUAUCCACAAGUACAAACUGACUGAGACGGUGGACGAUCUCGACGCAGAUGAAUGGGACCAGUACAUCUUCACGGUGCGCCGCCAAUUCAACUGGGAGAACAAGUACGAGGAGACGGUGGUCGACAUCAAGAGCAAGCUGCUUCGCGAUGCACUGGGCAAGGUCAUGGACGGGGUCAAGGGCGUGAGUAUGGUGGAGGAGCCCGCGGUGGUGGAUCCCAACAUGCUGUUCCUGUAUCUGGAAGAGACGCGCCAGUACAUGAAAGAUCUCAAGCGGCAAGCCAAGACCGAGCGCAAGAAGAAGGUCCGCAAGGCGGCGGCGAGCAAAGCGGCGCAUCUGCGCGUGCUGGUCAAAUACCUGGAUACCGACUAUGCCGACACCAAGAAGACGCUGUAUCCGCUCCUGGAGAAUAACACCAUCACAUUUGAUCUGCUGUGGGCUCUAUACAAGCCCAACACCAUUGUCUACACGCCGACCUAUGGCAACUCGGAUGAGCCUCGUGCCUUCAAGGUUGAGUAUGCUAUCAAGGAGAGCUCGUUCAUGAAGGGCGUGUGGUACAGCGUCGAGGGCCGGUACCUGGAGUAUGACGGCAAGGACUUCGGAUUUGGGACCAUGUCCGCCGAGGUGGACUCGUUCAAGGGUGCUCGCAAGAUCACCAGUCUCGCAUGCUACCCGCUGCAGUAUCACCGCGACCCGCAGGCGCUGCAAGCACGUCUGAUCGAGCGCGGCAAGCGGUUUGUCUCGCUGCGCGGCAUGAACUACCGCUUCCACAAGGGCAUGGCUUUCUACAAGAAGAAGCGCUCGUUCAUCGUCAAGGUCAACAUCAACGGCCGCGUGAUGAUCGACCCGGCCAUCCACCGCCGCAUCAAUCCCAAUUACCCGAUCAGCACGGUCCGGCUCCAAGACCCGGAUCUGUUGGACCCGUCCGAAGUGGGAUUCAGCGAUGCUGAAGACAACGACAGCGAGAACGACUGCUGCUGCGGUGGACACGGGUCGGACUCAGACUCUGACAACAACGGCGACAGGUGUUCAGAUCGCCCACGCACCAAGUACAAGGUCAUCGAAGACAAGGCCGGCACGCCAAUGGUGGUCGAGGUCGGGGUCGACGACAACGGCAACGAGAUCGAGCGCGAGAAGAUGGACCGCAUCGAGGGCGCAGACGGCGAGCCUACCAACACAACCGAUCGCGCCUUCACCGAGGAGGAAUUGCUGAUCGCCAGCCCCGUCGUGCUGGGCUUUGCAUUCAGCGAGAAGCUCUGGCUGGAAUUCAGCGUUUCGGGCAUCAGCGAUAUUGAAUGGGACGUCGAUGCAUUCGACUCGCUCGUGCUUCCUGCAAACCAGAAAUCUAUCGUCAAGGCCCUGGUCGAAUCGCACACCUUCCACGCCGCCGAGAACAUCGACGACGUUAUCCAGGGCAAGGGCAAAGGCCUAGUCGCAGGCAUCGCCGAGCUCCUCCGACGACCACUGUACAUGGUCUCGGCAGGCGAACUAGGCACAGACUCCCGGAUGCUCGAAGCAGAACUGAACAAGAUCCUGGACAUUGCACACUCAUGGGGCGCAGUGCUCCUCCUCGACGAGGCGGAUAUCUUCCUCGAGAAACGCACCAUCCAUGAUAUCCACCGCAACGCACUCGUCAGCAUCUUUCUGCGUCUGCUGGAAUAUUUCCAGGGUAUAUUGUUCUUGACUACGAACCGUGUCGAGACCUUCGACGAUGCGUUCCAGUCUCGUAUCCAUGUCGCCCUGCGCUACGGCGACCUGACCACCAAGGCGAAGCGCAGUAUCUGGAAGAUGUUCUUGGAGCGCGUUCGUGCUAUCGAGGGUGUGCGAACAGCAUCGUUCUCUGAGGAAGAUUAUGAUCUGUUGGCGAGGCAUAAUUUGAAUGGACGCCAGAUCAAAAACUCCGUCCGCACAGCACAAGCCCUCGCCGUCAACGAACACUCUCCGCUCUCAAUGGACCACAUCAGGAGCGUUCUCGAAGUCGCCGAGACCUUUGAUCAGGAUUUGCGCGGUGGGACCGGAUAUUUAGAUGCCAUGCGGAGCUACACUUAA